AUAGCAAAUUGGCGCGUGAUCUGACUUCGGCAUUGGCAAGGGCUCUAGGGGUAAAAUGGUGCGGAGGGUAGGCUAAAUAUAAUCUUUCUCUCAUCUUCAUGUCGUCUGGUAUAGAAAAAUGAGUUUAACUCCGGAUUGGAAGGUUGGGAACAGAAUGGAUUUUGAGAGAGCUAUUCGAAGACGACCAAAGAGAUUUCGAUCAGAAAAACUAUUGGAAGCAGAAUCUCAAUCCACUACAUAUCCGCUUGUUAAAAGAUCAAAAUCCAUCACGCAACAAUCAUGUCUAAUCGUCAAAUGUGACGAAGUUGUCCGAUUUUUCACACUUUUAGACGAUCCAAUUAUUCAAGAUUUCUUGGUACACGACAUAUGUUAUAGAGUUUCAGAUAGAUAUCUUCUCGCAAUGGUUUUUACAUAUUUUAAAAGAGCUCAUUUAUCAACUGAUGAAUAUAACAGACAUAAUUUCUUUAUUGCACUUUAUCUUGCUAACGACAUGGAGGAAGACGAGGAAGAUUUUAAAUACGAAAUAUUUCCCUGGACACUGGGAAAAACAUGGAGAGAUCUGUUUCCUAACUUUUUGGCGAAACGAGACAUAUUUUGGUCGAGAAUGAACUUCAGAGCAGCUGUCAGUAGGAAGUGUUGUGAAGAGGUAAUGCAGAUUAAGCCAGAUCAUUACGCUUGGAAAAGAGAGAGAAGUCAGUAUCACGCCGGUGCUUUGAGAAGUUAUUUGAAAACACCUUCAGAAAAAGAACCUUUUCCUCGUGGACCCGGAUCUUCCCCUAUUCCAUGUAAUAAGUGUAGAGGAAUGUUCAUGAGCAGCGGAUACAUUUCUGAUGAGAGUGACGAUACGACUGACUCGUAUAUGACUGUUUCACCACAAGAGAGUCCUUGUUCGAGCUCAGAGGAUAGAGCAUGCGAAACAGCUAUGAUUUUAUACGAGAAGGAAGCCGAAAAUAACACAGGUUCAUUGGAAGUUGAUGAUACAGGAAAUCAUGACAUGGAAGAGAGCGAUUCUGAUUCCAGCUUUGGCAUGGAAGAGUUUUGGGAAUCAUUAAGCUGAAGAAAUAAAAAAGAGCGCGGUUGUCAGAGUGAAUCUUCUUCCCCAACGUUUGAGCUGGUAUCACAGACCUAAUUCACAAUGUUCUAUUCACGAAGGUCAUGUCUUGUAAAUAAGUUCCACUAUCUUGUUUUUGCUGCAUGAUUGUGUUCUGGCAAUUUGUGGUAUGCGCAAGUUUGUUGGUUUAUUUUAUUCGAUCCUAAUAUGGAGCGGUAAAUGUGAGAUUCAAGACUUGAUCUCUUCAUCAGUCCAGUCUCUGGUUUAGCGUAAGGUUAACACUUCAUACUGACCGUGGUUAACCAAACUUUUGUGAAACAAGCAAGUCUCCAGUUCUUGGUAAUGAGAUACCUCAUUACACUCGAAUGAUGCUGAGACGAAAUCUUUUCAAAAAAAUCGCUUUAAACAAUAUGAAAUUUUGGAUAGGCAAUAAAUAAUUCGUUGGAUGAAUUUUUACCUCCCUCAAUGUAGUUGUCAUAGGGCAGUAUUACUAAAAUAUACCUAGCUUAUUGUCGUGGGAGCUGUAAAGACUAUGUAGCUAGCGAAUUUAUAUAAAAUCUAAUCAGUUCUGCCAUUUUCUAAUGAAAUGUUUCUGCUUAAAGAAGUAGUGUGCUGUUCGUGGCGUGUCACAGUGAUAAUGACAGUUCCCAAACUUUCCUACGUAGAAAAGUUCGUUGUUCCAUUGUGCUAUUCUAUCCUACUUCUCGUUGUUUAUUCUUUUGUUCUCCCGUUGUUUUGGUUCAGUAUAUAUUUAUAAACAGAAUGAAUAAAAAAAAAUUACCCUUGACUAAUUAAAGUUAAAUGCGAAUAUAGUAAAAUCUGUUGUUAUUUGACAGUAUUCGACAGCCAAUUUGUAACACUCGGUAGGCAGUUCGUUGUAUUUUGUUUACAGUAAAUCAUUACCACAAAAUGAAUUUACAUAUAUGGCGUUCUUUUUAUGGAUACGGAAGGUUUAAUUUUCAGUUGGACCGGUUGAAUUUGUUAUCAUUUGAGAUUACAUUAAGGUGCCGCUAAAAUUAUUGAAACUUUUGUGCAGUAUGCCUGAAAAUUACACCUUUCGUAACGUCACACAGUAUUUCAUUGUUCAUUUAUAUGAUGUUGUUGAGAAACGUGUAAUUAAUUAUACGAAAAUAAAUAAACGA